AUGCCGUCUGCUAGUAUAGACUACUCGCGGGCCAACGCCAUCCUUAACUACGACACAGAAGUCUCGAAGCUUGAAGGUCAAGAUGGGGUGAUUUCCACUCCAUUUGGGCUUUCCAUCCUUGAGAUUCAGGGCGAAUUGAACAUUCCCACCGAACCACCAGCCUCGGACCAUACAGAUGCUGAAUAUGUACUGAACUUCAUAACAGUGGAUCAAGUCUACCAUGCUGUCAAAUGUGGAAAUCUUGAAUUCGAUGCUGCAGACCCUAAAAAGGCAACCCUCUUCAUCGGAAAGUCACAAAGAUUAUUGGGGUCAGUGGUGAAUUUAGAAACCCCAUUGGCAGUUUUGAAAGUUCCUCUCGGAGGAUCUAGCGAACAAGAGGAAAACACACAAAUACAAAUGGUCGAUAUAAUACGAAACAAAAUCAUAUUCAAACAACGGCCUUUACCUAUCAUGUGA